AGGAUCUGUCACUCCCGGAAACGAGAAGUCGGUUCGUAACCGGACUCUGGGACGUGACGUGACGUCAGAGGACGUGAUUGGUGGCUGGUUCCGCUAUAUAUCCGUCAGGCUUCACUCCCACUUUCUCGCCAGUGGAAUUUCAUCUCAGCUCCUGCACCUUCAGGGCAGACGAGAACAUAAAAUAAGCAAAAGCUGGCAGGCUGACGGGAACUUGCAUUUUACAGGACGGAUUAUCUGGUAACUGACCAUUUAGCUGUGUCACACUCGGACUCUGUGAACGUGGGAUUUUAACCAUGAGCUCAGUCGCCGUACUUACGCAGGAAAGCUUCAAAGAGCAUCGUAGUGGACUCCUGCCAGAGCAGAAAAAAGCUGCUGGAGGUCCCGGUGCUGAUGAGGAGGAACUUCCUACCUACAAGGAUGCCUUUCCACCUCUGCCUGAGAAAGCGGCAACAACUGAGGGGACCCAGGAGCCUGCCAAUGCCUGGAUUAAGAUUCGUCCCCUGAAGUCUUCUGUCAUCACCCAGGUUUUCCAUGUGCCGCUAGAGGAGCGCAAGUACAAGGACCUCAACCAGUUUGGGGAAGGAGACCAAGCAAAGGUCUGCGUGGACAUCAUGCAGAAGACUGGAGCCCAUCUAGAACUCUCCUUGGCCAAAGAUCAAGGUCUCUCCAUCAUGGUUUCUGGAAAGCUGGAAGCUGUGAUGAAGGCCCGCAAGGAGAUUGUGUCCCGACUGCAGACUCAAGCUUCAGCUACUGUUGCCAUCCCUAAGGAACACCAUCGUUUUGUCAUUGGCAAAAAUGGGGAGAAGCUUCAGGAGCUAGAGCUCAAAACUGCCACCAAAAUCCAGAUACCACGACCAGAAGACCCCAGCAAUCAGAUAAAGAUCUCUGGUACCAAGGAGGGCCUGGAGAAGGCUAAGCAUGAGAUCCUGUUGAUCUCUGCUGAGCAGGACAAGCGUGCUGUGGAGAGAGUGAACAUAGACAAGGUGUUCCACCCCUUUAUCACCGGUGCCUAUAAUAAGUUGGUAGGAGAGAUGAUGCAGGAGACCGGUGCUCGCAUCAACAUCCCCCCGCCAAGUGUAAAUAAGACGGAGAUUGUCAUCACUGGGGAAAAGGAGCAGGUGGCCCUUGCUGUAACUCUGAUCAAGAAGGUUUAUGAAGAGAAGAAGAAGAAUACCACCACCAUUGCAGUGGAGGUGAAGAAAUCCCAGCACAAGUAUGUGGUUGGUCCCAAGGGAAAUACCCUGCAGGAGAUCCUGGAUAGAACUGGUGUUUCGGUUGAGAUCCCACCCUCUGACAACGGCUCAGAAACUGUCAUCCUUCGUGGGGAGCCAGACCGUCUGGGUCAGGCUCUUACUGAAGUUUACGCCAAGGCCAACAGUUACACUGUUUCCUCGGUGUCGGCUCCUUCUUGGCUUCAUCGUUUCAUAAUUGGCAAAAAGGGACAGAAUUUGGCUAAGAUCACCCAACAAAUGCCCAAGGUGCACAUCGAGUUUACUGAAGGAGAAGAUCGAAUCACCUUGGAGGGUCCAACUAAAGAUGUGCAAAUGGCGCAGACUCAAAUCGAAGCCAUUGUUACAGAUUUGGUAAGCCGAAUGGACUACACGGAAAUUACUGUGGAUCCCAAAUUCCAUCGUCACCUGAUUGGGAAAGGAGGAGUUAACAUCAACCGCAUCAAAGAGCUGCACAAGGUGACUGUCCGCAUACCCCCCGACAACGAGAAGAGCAACCUCAUCCGUAUCGAGGGGGAUCCUCAAGGUGUGCAGGAAGCCAAGAAGGAGCUGCUUGAGCUAGCGUCGCGCAUGGAGAACGAGCGUACAAAGGACUUGAUCAUCGAACAUCGUUUUCACAGAGCCAUCAUCGGCCAAAAGGGAGAGAAGAUAAAGGAAGUGCGGGACAAAUUUCCAGAGGUCAUCAUCAACUUUCCUGACCCGGCACAGAAGAGCGACAUCGUUCAGCUUAGGGGCCCACGGACCGAGGUGGAGAAAUGCUCCAAGUUCAUGCAGAAGAUCGUAGCUGAAAUGGUGGAGAACAGCCACUCGGUCUCCGUCCCAAUCUUCAAACAGUUUCACAGAAACAUAAUUGGGAAAGGAGGCUCCAACAUCAAGAAGAUCCGAGAAGAAACUAACACCAAAAUUGACCUUCCUGCUGAGAACAGCAACUCUGAGAUGAUCAUCAUCACGGGCAAAAAGGCAAACUGUGAAGCUGCCCGGAGCCGCAUCUUGGCCAUCCAGAAGGAGCUGGCCAACAUCUCAGAGAUCGAUGUGUCCAUUCCCUCCAAGUUGCACAACUCCUUGAUCGGAUCAAAGGGCCGUUUGGUGCGCUCCGUCAUGGAGGAGUGUGGUGGCGUUCACAUCCACUUUCCAACUGAGGGCUCUGGGAUUGAUAAGGUCACCAUCAGAGGGCCUGUGGAGGAGGUGGAGAAGGCAAAGCAGCAACUGCUUGCUCUAGCAGAGGAAAAGCAAACGAAGAGUUUUACUGCUGAGCUGCACGCCAAGCCGGAGUAUCACAAGUUUCUCAUUGGGAAAGGUGGCGGAAACAUCCGUAAGGUCCGUGAUAGCACUGGUGCCAGGAUAAUCUUCCCCACUUCAGAGGAUAAAGACCAGGAGCUCAUCACUGUUGUUGGAACAGAGGAAGCAGUGAAGACGGCUCAGAAGGAACUGGAGGAGCUCAUCAAGAGCUUGGACAACGUUGUGGAAGACUCUAUGAACAUUGACCCCAAGCACCAUCGCUACUUUGUGUCUCGCCGUGGCCAAGUCCUCAGGGACCUGGCCGAUGAGUAUGGUGGUGUCAUGGUGAGCUUCCCUCGCACAGGCUCUCAGAGCGAUAAGGUCACCCUUAAAGGAGCCAAAGAAUGUGUGGAGGCGGCCAAGAAACGCAUGCUGGAGAUCAUCGAUGACUUGGAUGCUCAAGUGACCAUCGAGUGUGUGAUUCCUCAAAAGUUCCACCGUUCUAUCAUGGGUCCCAAAGGCUCCCGCAUUCAGCAAAUCACCAGAGAUCACAGCGUGCAGAUUAAAUUUCCAGAUCGAGAGGAGCAACAAGGUAAAGGCAGCGCAGCUGCUCCUGCAGAAGCUCCUGUUCAAGAGAAUGGAGAGACUGAUGGUGACGUAAAGGAACCAGCUGAUCCAAACGCUCCUAAAAAGUGUGAUGUGAUUUUGAUUUCUGGUCGCAAAGAGCGCUGCGACGCUGCUGUGGAAGCACUGAAGGCCUUGGUUCCAGUCACCAUUGAGGUGGAUGUGCCUUUUGAGCUUCAUCGUUACAUCAUUGGACAGAAGGGAAGCGGAAUUCGCAAAAUGAUGGAUGAAUUUGAGGUAAACAUCCAAGUGCCUGCUCCUGAGCUGCAGUCUGAUAAAAUUGCGAUCACUGGCUUGGCCACCCACCUCGACCGCGCCAAAGAAGGUCUGUUGGAGCGUGUCAAAGAGCUGCAGGCUGAGCAGGAGGAUCGGGCGCUCAGGAGCUUCAAGCUGACCAUCACUGUGGACCCAAAGUAUCACCCCAAAAUUAUUGGCCGCAAGGGCGCCAUUAUUACCAACAUUCGCACAGAGCAUGAUGUGAACAUCCAGUUUCCAGAGAAGAAUGAUGAAAACCAGGAUCAGAUAACAAUUACAGGGUAUGAGCAGAACGCCAUCGCUGCACGAGAUUCUAUCCAGGCUAUUGUGGACGAGUUGGAGGAGAUGAUCUCGGAGGACAUCACCCUUGACAGCAGAGUCCAUGCCCGCAUUAUUGGAGCUCGAGGAAAGGGUAUCCGCAAGAUCAUGGAGGAGUUUAAGGUUGACCUCAGGUUUCCACAGAGUGGAGCUGCCGACCCAAACCAGGUGACGGUGAUUGGACGCCCUGAGCUUGUGGAUGAAGCCAUUGAUCAUCUCCUUAACUUGGAGGAGGAAUAUCUGGCAGAUGUUGUUGAGAAUGAGGCAAAGGCGGCGUACAUGAGGCCCUCCAGCAGUAGUGCUGCUGCUAUGGAUGAACGAGGCCCGUCAAAAGGUUUUGUGGUGAGGGAGGCUCCCUGGGCCACCGGUAGUGAGAAGGCCCCGGACAUGAGCAGCUCCGAAGACUUCCCGAGCUUUGGAGCUCCAGUACAAGCAAAGGCUUCACCCUGGGGACCCAAGCGCUUCUAAGCCAUGCUGCUACAGAUUGGCCCAAACGUUAGUAAUCACCCUCCCUGUUAUCAUCCCCCUCCUCCACCUGUUGACCCGGACUGUCCGCUGACCCUCAAGUCUUCAGUUGUGAGAAUGUCUCCUCUUCCAGAGUCGGUUUGAACAAGUGCUUUCAGAUAUUCAUUUGUGAACUUUGUAUCUGUCUUGUGCUUAAAAGUGACAGGUGUUGCAAUUAAGCCUACCAAGGACUGGUUAAAUGUUUAGAGCAGACAUUUCAUUGUGGUUUGAACAGUUGCUUGAUUUCAUUUAUGUACUUUAAAAUCCUUUUGCUCAGACGUGGAACUGUUAUACCAAAUUGUUGGGGGGGAGGGAGUCGGCUGUUUCACAUAAGCUGCCCUUAGUUGCCUUUUGCAGGAAGGGGUAAAGGGACUCGAAUGCUGCCACUCAGCUGGCCAAGUAACCCACCUCUUCCUGCUUUUUCCAUGUAGCAGAGUAAAGUAGUCUUCUCGUGGGUCCCUUAGCACACUGUCGUGGCUGUCUUGUCCUACCAUCUGCUUGUAACCUGCCUUGUAGCCUUAUGAGUUGGUACAAACGUGGGAGGGGGGUGUAGCUCGCUUUGAGCCGCAGCAGGAUGAAAUCCACUCAAACUGCCAGAUGUUUGUGGAGAUAAUGUCACACCUUGAUGUUGUACAACACUAGGCUAGCACUCCACUGCAUCGAACGUCACACUAAUUUUUGAAUGGACUUAAAAGUAAAUCACUCUACAGAAGAAAAUGACCAUGCUGUGCCAACUGUCUGUCUAGUGGUGUGUUCUUCGCCCUCUGUAUCGGGUCAGUGUCCAGUCCUUUUGUCUUCCAGUUGCAAUGCAGGUUGGUCUGUUGAAUAGCAAUGGUUCCUUUUAUCAGCCUUAAAACUAGAAGGAUACAAACCAGCUAGUCGGUGCCGAGGUGCUUUUCAACCAGACAACAGGAAUGUUCCAUUUCUGAACAUCUCUCCUGUUGUCAGGAGUUCAUGUUUAGCAUCUUAGCUGCUAACUCGACAUCCUGCAUCCACAUACCUGGUUGAGGUCCUUCUCGUGUUGAAAAGAUUUAUGCAACUACCAUUGAAGUGAACGGUUGUGGACAACACUGGAGAAAUUGUCCAAAUACAAAAAAAAAUCAUUAAAAAAAGUAAAUCA